AUGAUUGCUCAAAAAAAGACGCGGAGAAAUCAACUUGUAUCUCAAAGCAAAAAUUCCCGCAGGACGGGUCCAUGGGAGAUUGAGGAAGAUGAGCGGUUAUUGGCAAUUGUAGCAGAAUUGGGUGUGAAACAUUGGAAGUUAAUUGGAAUCAAACACGGAUUAAGAGAUGGAAAACAAUGUCGCGAACGAUGGCAUAAUCAUCUCAACCCAGAACUAAUUUACGGACCCCUAACUCCCGAAGAAGACGAACAGAUUUUGACCUACUACUCUGAAAUGGGAACAAAAUGGGCAAUGAUGAGCCAACUGUUACGACGACCAGCUAAUCUAAUCAAAAAUCGUUAUUACUCUUCCUUGUCAAAAAAACGUGAUCGAAUGGUUUCUGACUCAUGUUGUUCUCCAAGGUCAAGAAAGCGAAUUAAAGCAGUUCACUCUUUUAACAUUUCUAAAAACGCGCAUUUUAAAAAGCCGGGCAAAGUUAAAAUAUCAUUUGACCAUCAUAAAGUCUCCGAGCAUCAAAUGGAUUAUUAUAGAAAUUAUCUAGAUAAUCCUAAAACUCUGGCUCGGAACGAUUGUUCGACAUUCUUUGAAUUUUCAAUGACUCAAAAUCAAGUUUCCCUAUUGACAUCAACCUAUACGCCUGUAUCGUUACCGGAAUCAACUAUUUACCACGGCACUGCAUUGGAACAACUUGCAAAUUUAGCAAUUGAAAAUGCAAGCAGCCAGGAAUUUCACAAAAAUCCGAAAAAGUACGAUAUCAUGUCAAUUUCAGCCGUGUUAAAUUAA